CGUCUCCGUACUUACUCUCAUGCUCAGUAGUGAGGGUGUCCGCUGGUUUUCUGCUUAAGUAGUCGCAGAUUUCUAACGUGUGCCAUGGGCCUUCUUGACCAGCUGUGGGACGACACCGUGGCGGGGCCUAGACCGGAGAACGGCCUUGGCAAGCUGCGGAAGCAUUCCACCUUCAAUUUCCGGUCAACCUCCAGCAAGGAAUCCGACAGUCGCAACGCGAGAUCGUAUGCUGACGAUGGAUCCGAGGAGGUGACUAGAGUUACACGCAGUAUCAUGAUAGUAAAACCGCCUGGAUACCAGAACGGUUCUCCACCGGUUUCACCCGCUGGCUCUACUCCUCCGGUAUCUCCCUUCUCUGGAGGCAGAGAGUCCUUUCGGUUUCGAAGAAGAUCGACAUCGGAUGCGUACGAGAAGGCAAGCGAGGUUAGACCCAGGAGUCCUCCUCCUCCUUACGACGUGUGAAAUAUGAGACUCUUGGAUCCUUAUCUGGCUUAUGUACGUAAUGUUGUCAGUGUGGCUACGCCUGUUAAUUUGGAUUCGUAAUGAAGUAUAUGUACACACAAGCGUACGUUAUGCUUGUUAUGCUCUUUUGUUAGUUGUGUCGACUUUCUGCCGGUUUUCGGAUCUUUAGCUUUAGGGGUCAUUAUCUGUGAGUAGGGUUGUAACUUGUGAGCACCGAUCAUGUGAUGAUGUGGUAAUGUAGUUUUUCCUAUGUCUAUUUAGUUUUGCUUCAGUAUUAAUUUUCUGUUGAAGAUUUGCCUGA